AUUUGAAUUUGAAUUUGUAUUUGUACGACGAGCCGGAUGAUGAUUGAGUAAUAGAUAUUUAUUUACGCCGUUAUCUUAGGAUGAACCACUGGCUGGCUGGAAGGCAGGUUGUGGACCUCUCUGCUGAGGAGCUGGACAAGCUGUGGUCAGUCAUGCGUAGCAACUUCACAGUUCAUCUGAACACUGUGCUCUGUGGAGCAGAAUCGGCACCUGACCAGGAAAGGGAUGUAGAUUUGUCUUUGGAAGAGACUUCAAAAGAAUCAAUGGAGGAAUUUUUCCACACUCUUCUGUCUCUUGCAAAACAGUGCAUUGACACCCCUGAGCCUCACGUUUCCAAAGAGCUUGUCCACAUUGCAUUGGCACUGGGAGACAUCCUGCUCAACAAAAACACUCCGCAGCAGGUUCAGCAGGAGACAGCAGAUUUUCUGGUACUGUGGUGCAAGAAGGGCCUGGCGUCAGUGCACUUGCUGUGCGUGAAGACAUUCCACUAUCUGCUUGCAUCCUCACUGCACAAAGGGAUUCUUAUGUCUGAUGUGAAACGGCUGUGGAAUUUUCACCAGAACCUGUUAAAUGCAGAUUAUCAGAGUGAGGCAUUCAGGUGCUUGGUGCCGCUGUUGCUGAGAAUGGUGCAGAAUGAGCCAAUGUUGAGUGUAAAAGAGGGACGCUGCUUGGUGGCAUCCUUCCUCUGUCUGAAUGAGGACCUUGUUAAGGAGUUCCACCGACAGAUCAAGGUGGCACUGCCGAGCUGCAGGAAGGAAGUAGCCUCUGCUUAUGGUGAGAUCUACAGCCUGGCUAUCAAGACAGCCAAUCCCAACAUGAAGGUGGUGGUAGCGGAGGUGUGUCUGAAGGAUGUGAUUUUGCACGUGCUGCAAGUGCGACGCAGCGGCCUGCAGAUGGGGAGAAUGGGGAAGCAGCUGAUGCACGUGUUACGAGUCAUACAUUCUAACAGAAGAUGUGUUGCUGUGACCAAGAUGCUGAUUCAUGCAUAUGAGCCAAUCAUAUGGCGGUUUGUGUCGAGCUGCAACAACAUCCACCGCUCCAAUGCUGCUGAGGUUCUGUUCGACGUGUAUCCACUGGAGCACCCUGGUGGCUGCAGCAUGAAGAAUGUGAACCUCGUGGAGUUGCAGCAUGCCACAAUGAACAGACUGCUGGUGGACACCUGCCAUGUUGUGCGCAUUAUUGCCAUCAGGGGUAUAUGUCAAAUUUUGUGUGAGUUCUGGUCUGGCAUCCCUGUGCGAUGGCGUCACAAGUGGAUGUGUGUGCUGCUCCAGGACCUGUCAGCUGACGGUUCAAGUGUUCAAGUGCGUUGCAGCAUAUAUCGAUCAUUGUCAAAAUUGUUGAAGAACCCAAAAGCUGCAGAUUACCUGGGAACAGCACUACCAGCUUUGUACCAGCAGAUACAUGACAACCACGCAUGUGUUCGCCUGUCAUUUGUGACGCUGCUUCUGCACAUCAAGCAGACAGGAUUGCUACAGUAUCAGAAGGUGGUUCCUGUUGAUCACCUUAUUGCCAGGUUAAAGGUAGAGGAUCAACGCAUUGGACGGCAACUGGUGUCACUCAUGUUCAGCAACUUGCUUGUCCCAAAGCAGUCAAUGGAUGAACGUGUGAAGCGCAUUGUAAAGCUAGCUAACAGCAGUGUAACAGCAACAAGGAACUUCUUCCUAUACUCAAAGCACGUUUUGGAGUUUGCUGAUGCGGUGGAGCUGAUGCGGGGUUUGCUGCUGCACCUGGAGAACACUCAUUCAGAGUGUGCUGGCGUACCUCACCUGCACCGCAGUGCUCAUGUGGUGGGUGGCCUCUUGGAUGUGGUCAGCAUUUUGUGGUCUCUUCACACAACAGUACUGAACAGUACUGCCAACAAGGGACAGCUAAUGCAGCUGUACCAACUGGUGAAGGCAUGCUUGCCAACUCUGCUAAGGUGCUACAGGGAAUGUAAUGGAGUGGUCCUUGGGUCAGUACUCUUCCUAGGCAGUUUGGUACCAGCUCAAGUUCUCAAAGAGUGCACAGCCUCAAGUUUCUGCAUAUCACGGCUCAGGAACUUAGUGCUAGAGGGAAAUGUUGAGGAGGCUUCCCUGAUGUGGGUCUCACCCCUCUGCAGCUGGGGUCAUGGUGCUGAGGUGCUUGAACUAGCAAUGGAGUGGCUUGAAGAGGCCCUGGGAACAGUACAGACUGAGCAGCUAGGAUUGAGGAGAGUCCGAUUCUGCAGUCGGUCAGAACCUCUGUUGGCUUUGCAUAUGCUGGACGCAGUGUUUUGCCACCCAACAAACAUGUUGUCUGUGAUGACAAAGAACAGAGAUCUUGUGCUUGAGCUGUGGUUGUAUCUUGACAGAAUUAAGCUUGCUAUUGAGAGACGCAUGGUGGGACCUUUGACCUCUCCACUUUUGUCUGAUGAGUUUCUGUGCCUCUGUUUCCUCCGCUAUGCGAAACUCAUUGUUCUUCUUGGAGAAUAUCCAGGCAAGACAUUCAGCUCUUGUGAGACUUUACUGCAGUUGCUGGGGUGGGCUGAACGUGUUCUGAUGCCCCACAUUCCAGGGACCCUGCCUGCUGAAGUGCCUCUUGCAGCAAAAUUGCUGAAUUAUCUGACUCAAGUGGCAGCCACAGCCAUCAUGACCGGGCAGACAGAUGACACAUUGCAUGUCCGGCUGGCUGAAUACACCCACAAGUUGCUGAGUACAGGAUGUGCGCUGAUGUUUGUGCACGGUGUUGUGUGUGUGACACACUGGUUAGUAGAAUACUGCUGGGUGUACUGUGGGCAUGCCGAUGAAGUGAACCUGCUGCUUCCUGCUAUCCCACGUAUGCUGCUUGAUGUGCUGCUGGUCUUCAUGGAUGGACACUACAGCCAGGAGACCUUGGCACUGUACGCUGAGAGCAUGGGUGCUGUACGAGCUGCUCUGAGCGAGGUGCUUGUUGUGACUCUGCAGUAUCAUGGGGGCAUAUCGAAGAUGGUGCUCGACAUGGUGAACGGCUGUGCAGAUGCUGUGGUUGGCAUCACAAUGAAUCACAUUGUGGAGGUGGAGAUACUGAAGCCUGUGAAGAUGGUGCAUGACUUGCCAUAUGUAGCAGCACAACUACUGAGUGUUUUCCAACAGCAAAAUGUGUUGUGCACCUUGUUUCUGUGUUUGAUGGCAAAGCGGAUACGUACACAUUAUGUUCAGGACCCAUUGCUGGUGGUUUCCACAAUCUCCGUGCUCCAUGCUGCGGUGUACAACUCGGGUAAAAUGUCCAUUCGUGACCUGAGGUUGGCAGCACGUGCAGCUGCAUCAGCUUUGGAGACUGUGAGACGAGGAUCACACAGCAGUCACAAUGCCCUUGGCGAGCACAACAGUGAUGCAAACACCAUGGUCAUGCUGCUGGCUGCGGCCAAUCAGGCAUUAGCUGCCAUUUUGGUUAAGCUGGGCCUGAGGUAGUGCAACAGUACGAUGGCUAGGACUACUGUUCCAGCACGGAUUGUGAGUGUAUACUGCGCAAUAAAUUAUAUUCUGCCACUCCUCCCAUACGUUUCCACUUCGGAGUGUAUAUGAUAUGAAAUCAUGUGCAGUUGAUACAGUGCCACCAAAUAAUCUAGAAGCUGAACUAAUGAGGGGCUCCUUAUCUUGAAGUUUCAUACUGUGCUGAAAGGUUGUGAGUUGCACUGAAAUUUGAUGAAAAAUGCCAUGUGACAGGACUGCAUAUUUUGUUUUGGUAAAUGGCGUUCCCUGCAAACUGUUAACCUUAUCAAGACAAUGAAUGGUUCUUGUUGGUGUGUGUCAUGGAGGCUGAUACAGAAUAUGCUGUCACAUCCCACCCAGAAGGCAUAUCUUAAUAUUCACUGCUAUGAAAAUCUGUCUCGUAUCUUUACCAAGAUUUUCCCUAGCAUCUUAAAGUCAACCUUUUCAGAGUGAACUUGAACAGUGACAUGGCUCAUGAUGAAAUUGGGUGUGAAAUACAUUCUGGAAAUGCUUGUUGUUAGUUUGGAUUAAUUUGAAUCAUGUACAUUUUUAAUCCCCCGGUCAUGUGGAAUACAAGCUCUAAAAAUAGCUGUUAGAGGAAGUUUACAAGUUACAACUGACAUAUCUGUAUCACCCUGUAGCCAUUUUUGUAGCAAUUAUGGUACUUCAAUUUUGCAAGCUCAGUUUUAUGUACUUUUCCAUCUGGUGCCAGCCAAGUGCCUUUAUGAAUAAAGUUAGAUCUGAACCCAUUUUACUUUCCCUCAAAGUGUUCAUAUCAACAUGACACUAGGCAUAUAUGGUGCAUCUCAUUUAUGAAGUUUUCCAUGUAACCAUGAAAUGUUAAUGUCUUAUAAGGGCAGGCUUAAAAAGCUUACACAAUCAAUUAUAUUCUCUGUAGAAAACCAACAGAAUAAACAUAUUUUUUACACUGAAAAAAUGGCUAAAAACAAUAAAUACACAAGUUUCCAAAUAUACAUUACAUGUUCCUGCUGUCGAUUUUUAAGUCUAGUUUGUUAUGAAAUGCUGUUCACUCUUCAAAUGUCUGUUUUACUUACCUUCUAAUAAUGUCUUUAAACUUUCUUGGUUGGGAUAUAUCUUUAUGUAGUAUAGUGGCGUCACAUCUUACAUGGGGGUUACAUUCUAAAGACGAUGUGUAAACCCAAAAUUGAGUCUAGUCAUAAUUAUCUCUUGAAAAUCCAUCAUCCUUAAAGUACAUGAAUGUUUAAAUGGGAUAUAAAUAUAUUAUCCUUGUGGUGUUACUUUUGGAACCCACUCACCUUAGCUUUUUAGGCAGGAAACCAUUUUAAGUGGGACAUUCACUGUAUACUUAAAUGUGGCAAUACAUCACUUCAUUAUGGGUGAAAUAUGGAUAACAAAGCAAACAAGAAACCAUUUACAAUAAGUGAUAAAAUUAAUAUAAUAGUGCAAGCUGAUGCAAGUACUGGAGCAUAUGUCAAAAUGGUGUCAUGGAUUGGACUUUCAGUGACCACAAUAAG